UAUGCUGCUCUGAGCUAUGUCUGGGGAAAUGCGGUGCAGGUCAAACUCGGCGGAUACAACGAGAUGAGUCUGCAAGUCAAAGACUCCUUAUUAAAAUUCAAACUACCACAAACAAUUUCAGAUGCCAUACACCUAACUCGACUGUUGGCCAUCAAAUUUUUGUGGGUUGACGUCCUCUGCAUUUGCCAGGGCCAGACCGACUUUGACCUCAGAGACAGACAAGAUCAACUAAACAACAUGGGAAACAUAUACCACCAGGCUUCAUUGACUAUUAUUGCAGCUUGUGGUGAUAAUGCAAACGCUGGUUUG